AUGGAGAAGCUAAGAGGGGAAUUCUCAUCUCGACUCGCUCAACUUGGAUCCUCGCUUGCUUCGUCUAAUGAGGAUGCCAUUAUGGAUGAUAUGACAGAUUAUGUGCCAUCUCCAUACGAGGGUCCAUCCACUUCAGCAGACGCCGAACCGGCAGUGAUUCUCGUGAAAAAGGAGCCACGAAACUUGCCGCGCACUGAUGCACUCAAUGAAGCGGAUAUCGUAAAUUCGAUUGAUGCUAUUUAUUUUGCAGAAGAUGAGGAUUUUGAUGCAAUCGCUUAUGAACUACAAAAAUUAUCUUGCAGCAGUGAAAUGUUGGAGGAUAUCGAAAGAGAGAGAUUGAGAUUAAAGCAACAAUUGGGAGUAGUAAGCAAAAGGAUUGCUGCGUUAAUUCUUGAAAAGUCACCCUCCUACUCGGCACAGAUGAAUUCGUUCACCGAAAUCCGAGAUGAGCUCACAGAGCUCACAACAAAAGUGAAAACAAUUCGAAAAGCUUUGAAUCACUCAAAAAAGCGAACAACGACAGCGCUUCGAAUCUUGGCAAACGAAAAGAAAAAGGCAAUGCUGGGCGAGUUAAAGGAAACAUUACACACGAUCAAAACCCUUUAUGUGACCGAGUUUCGUUUGCGAGAGCUCAUUGAGGAAGGGCAAUUCCCGAUGGCGAUCGAGUUGUGUGCACGGAUGAAAGAGGCCGCACUCACCUACAAUCAUUUCACCGCCGUUAAUGAUUUGAUGUUGAAACUCUCGGGUACCUCACAGUUGAUCGAAGCUGAAUUGGCGUCAUCACUUCCGCAACUCAUCGUACGCUAUGACGCGGAUCGAUACGCGUUUGUUGUCACCGCGUAUACGAUCCUUGAAAAGCAACAGGAAGGAGCCGACGAAUUGGUGAACAGGGUUUGCACCUCACUUGACUCAUCCGCUCGAUCGGUUCUUCUUGAAGAAAUCUCUUCAUCACUUCCCCCAAUGGCUGAUCAAUUGGAGCUCUCUGAACUUUCAAAGCGACUGAAAAGCGAGGAGUUGACUGGAGCAUUUCAAAAACUCGGCCGUGUUCUUUGUAAGAUUCUCUCCAACUAUCAUGCCAUGUUGAGACAUAACAUCGAAGAAGAUGAAAGGAUUGCAAUGGCCAGUGGAGAUCACGAAAUAAAUGAAGAGAAAUGUAUCUUUCAAGCUACUCUCCGUGCUCAUCUCCCUAAAGUGUUCAAGAUUUCGAUGAGUCUUGUUACAACUUGUCUCUCUCCUCACAAUCUUUCUCAUCUUUCUUUUGACGAUCUUCUGAUGAUUGUUGACUUUAGCAAUAGAUUUCGACGAUUCGGUAUUGUGCAUUUUGGCGCUGAUUGUGAUGCUUUGACUCGAUUUUUAGAAGAACAAGCGCUGCUAUUCUUUGGAAGAUUCCACGGAGAGCGAUUGAGUGAAUUGUGCAUGUUCUUGGAGAAUGAGAUCUUCGCUUUAUGCCCUGUUCCCUAUCAAUUCACGAUCUUUGAUUUACAGGAAUUUGCAUUUUUAAAAGAAACGAGGAAAGGAGACGAGGUUGGAGAAGUGGAUGGAGGAGAGAUGGCAGAGAAUGGUUAUACAAUCAUGACGCCGAACAGUCCACUACCAUUUAGCAAUGAGGAAAACCGACGAUCACAGCUUCAUUCUGUGAGCUCAUUGAAUGGUUGUGAAGUAGCCGAUUUGCCCACUCCGACAACUCAUCGUGAUCUCGAGCCAAACUAUUUGGAACCAGCUGAUCAUGUACCGCCAAAUCUUUGCAAUACUGCUCUCAAUCUGCUACGGUUUUUCGGACGAUACAUGCGCAUGACGACACUCGUACCAGCACUAGCAACAAGUUCAAUGCCUGCCAUCACACAACUCUUCAACUAUUUCUUCUUUUCGCUUUACUCCUUCUUUGGACAAGAUGGACCAGAAGUCGGGGAAAUCAGUCCAAUAUUGAAGAAAACGCUUGAAAUUUUGAAGAGCUCGAUUGCUUUACAUAUUGAUGGAACGGAAAUUCACAAGGCGGCUCUUUCAUGUGCAAUUCAACUUCAUUAUCCCGAUCAAUUGUUUUCGGCAGCAGAAAGGAUAAUGGCUGUCGAGUCAUUAGAAUUCGUGGCUAGACAGCUGGACUUGAUGAGGCCAGUGAUCGAGUCAUUAGCUCAAGAUUCGGCUCUUCUCGAUCACUUGGAGCGCUUUCAUUCUCAGGUUGUAUCUGUUGUUCCAGAAAUGAGAGUAUUGGUGAUUUCUUGUGUAGCAAACAAAGCCCUCAAAUUCCCAGUUUUUGUUCAAAAGAUUUCUCAAACAAAAUGGGACAUCCACGAGUUGCAAAGUCAACACAGUGAAUAUGCGGAUUUCAUUCUAAAAGAUGUUGAGCUCUUCUGUAAACGACUCGACGCAGUCUCAUUUUGUGUGACAGUGAGUCCAGCAACUCGUCGCCUUUUCUGGGAUCGUCUCAUCUAUUACACGUUCAAAGCAUUGGUUCAAGGAUUCAGCGAAUCAGCUGGGAAAUGUUCAUCCGAGGGUCGAGCUCUCAUGCAAUUGGAUUUUCAGCAUUUACUUGGGAAACUCGAGGCGAUCUCUUCGAUUCGACCCUUUCCGCACACGGCUUUUGUCGAUGCCUAUAUAAAAGCUUACUACUUACCCGAGGCUUCACUCGAGCAAUGGGUAGUUCAACAUUCGGAAUAUUCUCCCCGUCAACUCAUUUCACUCCUCAACACCGCUUCACAUGUUAGCAAAAAGGCGAGACAACGAAUUGUGAAUGCACUCGAUUUA